GAGAAACACAAGUUGGUGGUGAUUUCAGUUCAGUUGUCCUGAAUAGCAUUGACAAAAGAAAGGGCGAGACCUAUUUCUUUGGCUUUGACGCUUCACGUUUUCUUCAUCGGAGUGCUUUUCCUUUCUGUUACAAAGUAAAGAAGAAAAGAAGCCAGUGAUUGGUAAAUGUUUUGAUGCCGUGGAUAUCCAUCGCUUAAAAAAAGAAAAGAAAUAAGCAAAGAUUACCUGUAGAAACUCAUGACCGUAUUGUUGAAUAUUAAUUGAAAAAAGUCAAAAAUACAAAUAGCAACAACGAUUUGCAAAGCAAAAACAAAACAAGGCAUACAAAUGGAAAAGUGUCUUGAAUACAUACCAUGGAGCAGUUUUAACUGGUUUGGAAGAAUAAUACUUAUUGUCUUUGGUAUAUUUGGCUUUAUCGUUUCUGGUAUUUCAUUAAAUUUAUAUGGUGAUACUUCAUUUGAUUGUUAUAAUGAGAUUUUAUCGAAGGCCAGCGAAAGCUCUCUCUUAAAAAACAUUGAAUCAAAAUGUUUCAGACAAUACAAAGAUGGACUAACUUUCAAGUAUGAUAUUUUUCUUGUGGUGUGUUUGAAUUUUGUCAUUGUGUUAUUUUGGAGUAUCGUCUAUGGAUAUUAUGUAAAGCAUCGAGUUGAACACAAUGGUAAUGACAGUCGAAUAGAAAACAGUGACGAACAAAGUGAACCUCUACAUGUGGAAUAUAGCGAAGGAACUCAUCAAUCUGACAGCGUUGCAUUUAAUUUUUCUUCAUUUUACAUUUACAUCGUUCAUUUGGUGGCUCGCUUUAUCAUAUUGUCUGUCUUUGUUGGGUUAUUUUUCUCUGCCAAGUUUCCCAUCAAUUACACCUGUGAAAGACAUCCAAUUAUGAAAGAAAUUUCCUUGUUAAAUCACACCAUUUCUACCAUUGAUUGUGUAAAUCUCAACGGUGAUAAAAGUGAAAUCUUAAUUAUUGUAGUUUUAUCUGCCAAUUUCAUUGUAAUAACACUAACAAUCUUAGAGCUGUGUUACUUGAUGUAUAAGACUUGGACAGAUAACUCUUUCAAAAAAGAGGAUAAAUUUUGUACAGCUUACUUGAAAUUUGUACUGCUUCAAAAACCUAAAAAUUUUUUUGAAGAAAAUAAGAACAAAACUGCAAAAUGGUUGGAGGAAAAUAAAAACGAUCUUUAUUCCAACACUGUGUUUUUAAUGCACGACAACUUUGGUGAUGAGAUCAAAGAGUGGCGAAAUUUUGAUAAUAUUUAUGUCGACGUCAUACUACAAGCAGAGAGACAAUUAAAGAAUGCUUACCCAGAAACCUUUAAUCGGCAUGAAAUCUUUCAUUCUUACCUUGAAAUGAGAAAUGAUGCAAAAAAACUAACAAGAGUAACUGAGAUUUUUAAGCCAAUCCUAGGUGAAAAGAGCACGUCGUAUCCAAGGUCUAUUUUAGUCAUUGGAAGGCCGGGAAUUGGUAAAACUAUGCUGACUAAAAAACUUAUAUACGAAUGGAAAAGUAAUCGAGAUGAAUUUUGGCAAGAUAAACUUGUUAUUUUAGUGAAAUGUCGUGAUCUUGAAACUUGUGACAAUACUCUCAGAGAAAUGUUAUAUCGGAGUGAUGGACUAAAAGAUGAACAUUAUUCUCAAGUUUACGAAUUCAUGAUCACUUAUCCAAAACAAACUGUCAUUAUAAUCGACGGAUUGGAUGAAUUAUUUUUAAAUUAUUCAGAGUUCCAUGAAAUGAAGAACCCUGUAUUUAAACUAAUAAAAAAGUUAGUUGAAGGUGAAACGCUCUCUGAUGCCAUUAUUCUAGUAACAUCACGACCCACAGCUGAAGAUGCAUAUGGAUGCUUAAAGUUUGACAGGACUGUGGAAAUCUUGGGCUUUUUUGAAGAUCAGAUUAAAGAAUACGUCGACAAGUUUUGUAGUAAAGACAAGAAUACAGCCAAAAACAUUUAUGAGCACGUUGAUACUUCUCUUGAACUUAAAAGUUUGUGUUAUAUUCCUUUGAAUAGUUACAUUGUUUGUCUGACCCUAAAAGAAUACUUGACAUGUAAGGCUGAGGAUAUUCCAAAGACCAACACUGAGUUAUACAAUAGAGUAAUCAAAAACUUGUUGUGGAAGAAUCAUCCACUUUGCACAUCGGGUGAAAUACCAAGAACAAAUGAUUAUCUCAUACUUCCUUUGCCGCUCAAGCUUAAAGAAGAUAUUGACAAAGUAACAGAUAUUGCAGUUAGUGGAAUUAAAGAAGGAAAUUUGUUUUUUGAAAAAAGUAUUAAUAGUGCUUUUUAUGAGUUAGAAAAUUGUGGUGUAUUUUACCGUAUACCAGAUGCAAAACGUUUACAGUACUGUUUCCUACAUUUAACUAUUCAAGAGUUUCUGGCUGCGCAAUGUAUUGUAGAGGAUUGGGGGAAUAUUCCACUGUUUUUGGACGAGAAUAAACGUGACCCUAAAUGGCAUUUGGUGAUACAGUUUGUUGCUGGUUUAGUUGGAGACAUGAAUGGAUCUGGCAUUAUCAGAGAUACUAAAACCGUAGAAGAGGUUGAACAACGGUUUAAAAACUGGAUUUCCAAUUUAAUUUCCGAGGACGGUGAUAAAAUCCUUGGUUUUCUUGGAGUAAAGUGCUUAUACGAGUUGCAGGACAAAGAUGUAAUGAGGUCAGCUUGCACAGAGUUAAAGAAUUUUUCUCAAAAAUUGAAAAUUGAGGACGUUUCUUUUACGCCUGUUGAUUCAAACUCAUUAUUUGAAUUUCUUUCUGAAAGCGAAUACAUGGGAAAUCUUUUUUUUCGCCGAUGCACGUUUCACGAUAUUCAAAGUUUUCUUCCAAUGAAAAACUAUUUGUUAAAUGAGAGAGCGGAAUGUUUGAUUAAUUUAGAGUUUAUUUCUUGUACUUUUGGUAAACUUUUUUGUAAGCAUCUUAGCGAAGCUUUAAAAAGUAAGAAUUGUAAGCUAACUAAGUUGAAAUUUGUUGGUAGCACUAUAGGUGUUCUAGGUGCUAAAUAUCUUAGUGAAGCUUUGAAAAGUGAGAGUUGUAAACUUACUGAAUUGUCUCUUGAUUAUAACAAUAUAGGAGAUCAAGGUGCUAAAUAUGUUAGUGAAGCAUUGAAAAGUGAGAAUUGUAAACUUACUGAAUUGAAUGUUGAGUUAAACAAUAUAGGUGAUCAAGGUGCUGAAUAUCUUAGCGAAGCAUUGAAAAGUGAGAAUUGUAAACUUACUAAAUUGAAUAUCAAUAGUAACAAUAUAGGUGAUGAAGGUGAUGAAGGUGCCAAAUAUCUUGGUGAAGCUUUGAAAAGUGAGAAUUGUAAACUUACUGAAUUGAGUAUCGAUAGUAACAGUAUAGGUGUUAAAGGUGAUGAAGGUGCCAAAUAUCUUGGUGAAGCUUUGAAAAGUGAGAAUUGUAAACUUACUGAAUUGAGUAUCGAUAGUAACCGUAUAGGUGUUUAA